AAAGUUUCAAUUUUUAUUCUCUUUUUUUCUUCCUCUAAACAAAUUCUGUCCUUUUUUUUUUUUCUCUCUUUUGGUGAUUCUCAAGUUUAAAUGUCCAAACUUUAAGCUAUAAAGAGAGCAAGAGGGAGAAACUAAGUAGAAUUAGAGCUUUUGUUUUUAGUUAAAGUUUUGGUUUUUGUUAUCAAAAUUUGUUCUUUACUUUGUUUUGUUUUUUGGUGUUUGUGAGGAAGGAAAUAGAAAAUGAGCAAUGAUCAUCAAGAAGAUAUCAAGCAAUUUCUGUCUUUGAUGGAAAAUGUUGAUGAGAGAAUGAAGGGCACAUUUCAGAACAUGCACCAUGGAUAUCCAACUGAAACUUUAGUCCGGUUUCUCAAAGCAAGAGAUUGGAAUGUUCAGAAAGCCCAUAAAAUGUUAAUUGAUUGCUUACAGUGGAGAAUACAGAAUGAGAUUGACAACAUAUUAGCAAAACCUAUUAUUCCCACUGACUUAUAUAGAGCAGUGCGAGAUUCUCAGCUUGUCGGAUUGUCGGGUUACUCAAAAGAGGGUCUUCCUGUCAUUGCUAUUGGUGUUGGGCUCAGCACAUAUGAUAAAGCAUCUGUUAAUUACUAUGUACAGUCUCACAUUCAAAUGAAUGAAUAUAGAGAUCGUGUAGUAUCGCCUAUGGCAACAGAAAAGUAUGGACGACAUAUUAGUACAUGUCUGAAGGUUUUGGAUAUGACUGGUUUGAAACUUUCAGCAUUGAACCAACUAAAGCUAUUGACUACUAUAUCAACAAUUGAUGACUUGAAUUAUCCCGAGAAGACACAGACAUAUUAUAUUGUCAAUGCGCCAUACAUAUUUUCGGCAUGUUGGAAGGCUGUAAAACCUCUCUUACAAGAAAGGACGAAGAGGAAAAUUCAGGUGCUUCAAGGUUGUGGAAGGGAUGAGUUACUGAAAAUAAUGGAUUAUUCGUCCCUCCCACAUUUUUGUAGAAAAGAAGGUUCCGGAUCCUUGCAUCACAGCAGCAAUGGAACCAUAGAUAAUUGUUUCUCAUUGGAUCAUACCUACCACCAACAGCUUUACAAUUACAUAAAGCAGCAAGCUAAGCAUAUGGAGACUAGUUUGCCGAUCAAACAGGGGUCAGUUCAUGUAGAAUUUCCUGAGCCGGAUCCAGAAGAUACCGAAAUUGCAGAGACCAUUGAAUCUGAGUUCCAUAGGCUUGCAGAACAGAAUGGUCGGCACUUGACGGCAAAAGGCUCAUCAACUACUUUAGAAUGAGAGGUCGUGUAUUUCAAUUAUCAAAGAGCCUUCUUGCAUCAGCUCGAUGCAGGUUUGAUAGACAACUAAUCUGGUGUAACUUGAUAUGCCACCUUACGGUGAAUAAUAUCACAUGCCUUUUCCGAAAUCUGUAGGAUCGGAAUUGCUUCUUUAAUAAUUUUCUUUUCAGCACCCGUGAAGGUUUAUCUAAC